AUGAUAGCCGGCCUCUCCACUUCGCCGACCUCGAGCAGCGAGGGCACCCGGUUUAGCACGGGGCGCAGCAAGCGCCACCUCUGCAGCGAUGCCUUUCUGCGGGAGUACCUAAACACACUGCCAUCCGACUUUGAAGGCGACGCCUGCCCUCCGCUCCUCGACGAGGAGGAGCGGAUAGAGCGGGAGCUGGCGCAGCUGGACCGCAGGGGCCUUAAGGACCGCGUCGCAAGCGCGACACUGCGCUGCGACGAGGCGCUCAUCGACUUGCUUGAGCAGGAGCAGCUGAUGGGCAGCACGCUCUCGGAGGUGCGCCACCUGGAGUCUCGGCUGAGUGACAUGGAAGACGAGGUGGAGACGCUGCGGUUGCAGUUGCAGGCGUCGGACGACUACGUUGAGGCACUGCUCCGCGAGAAGGCAGACGUCUGGCGAAAGUUGACAGAAUCCAAGCACGAGUUGGCGAACGUCAGCGCGAAGGCCGCCCGUCUGCAGCGGGACCUCGCCGCCACGACAGCGCAUGAAAAGCAACGCCUGAGCCCUCUAGGAAACACGCCCCGUGCUGCCUCAGCGGGGGGGAUGUCUCCUGCCCCUGUCUUGCGGGCGCACUGCUCCUUGGCGGAGCGGGGGCAGGGGCGCGGCGGGAGCGGCGUCGGAGACGGCGGAGGUCUGCAAAGUGGGCCCGCACUUAACCGGACUCCUCAGGGGGAGAGGCGUCUUGCGACUGAUGUUGCAGGGACGACGCCGACGGGGACAACUGCCGCCGUGCCGCCGCUGGAGCCUGAUUCCCACACGCCUGCUGCCCGACAGGCGAGUGCACGCGCACUGAGCCCGUUUGCUGCGGGCGCUCUGCAGGAAAUUGAGGCAACGCAGGGCGAGGGAGGCAGCCUGCACAACGGCAGCGCUGAAACCAUUGAUUGGCGCAAACGCUGCCUCGAGUGCCAGAAGCGGAAUGAGUUUCUGGAAAAAGAACUCGCCAAGGCACAAGGCUCCAGCAGCGGGGCUUCCAAAGAGCUGACUGCACAUUUGCUCCAGAGUGAGACGUCGCAUGAUCCUGCCUUUGCGCAGGAGCUUCACUCCCGCCUAAGGCGCACCGUGGCGGAGCUGCGGCGGGUAGAGGGCGAGCUAAGCGCGGAGCGUGAGCGGAAUCACAAACAGGGUAAACUGGAGACGCGGCUGCUGCAGGACGUCGCCCUCUUUGCACGAAAACUGCGCACCCACGAGAAUGCAGAGAAUGAGAUGAGGGCCCGGCGGCGAUCGGAUUUGAAGCUCACCCGAGAGGAGUUACUAGACGAGUUGGGUCGCUGUCGCUCGACCAUCAGUGGGUUGACGGCGCAGCUCGCUGCUUCUAGCGCCGACGAGUUGGAGCAGCCGCAGCAGCAGCAAGCAAAGAGCGAAGCGAGCGUAACCGAGGAACUCGUGUCUGCGCUGGAAGCGGCUCUCACCGCGAACAAGGCCCUGCGGGCAGAGAAGGAGGUUGUGCUUUUGGAGAAGAAGGCGCGGGAGGAGUCAUACGAGACGGAGCUGCGCAGCCGCGUUGCUGAGAUGGAGAGGCUGACUGCCGCGCUGCACGAGCUGCGGGAGCAGGCAACCCUGCUGGGGAGGCAGCGCCCUUCCACCGGUGCCUCGCAACGGUGUCUGCCCGCGGCUGGCAGCCCAAAGAGCCCGACGGACAACGACGCGGCGGGAUGUGCGAGGACGCCGAAAACGUCUUGA